AUGGCGAUUACCCGUGCUCACAAGUCCCAAAGAACGGGCGUGAGGGCAUCAUUGGCAUGUGUGCAGUCUCUAACACACCUUCUUCCUGUUGUGCAUUAUAUUGGAUCUCUAUAUAUUAAUGAUGGAACUGCAACAUGGCUGAGGGAGGUAGCUUUGAAACAAUUGCGUAUCACGGACCUCACGAUCAGCAGUGUACCGUUGAGUGGCUAUACCACCUUGGCCUUCCUUCUUCUUGCCAUUGCAACCUAUGGACAAGAUGACCGACCCCAAGCGCGCCUAUUGUUGAAUCGCGGUAUGCAGAUGGCCAUUGAACUAGGGAUGAAUCGACGCAGUUUCGCCGCCACUGAGCCAGAUCCUGCUUGGGCCGAAAGCUGGAGACGUACUUACUGGGGUUUGUAUAUUACUGAUGUAAUCAUAGCCGGCUUUUGGCACGAGACUAAUAUCAGCUUUUGUGACAAUGAGUCUGAUGUCGAUCUUCCGUCUGAUGAUGCUGCGUUUGAGCAGCCAAACACUAUCGAGCAGUACGAGACUCGAGACUUUGAGGACAAAGUGCCUGUUUUCUCAUCAUUCACGUACCUGAUCGACUUGGUCAAAAUCGCCCAUUCAGUGUUACAUCUUUCUUCUCAGAGAGAAGACCACAGUACUGCUGUCACCAACGCAGACACUAUGCUUGUCGCCUGGAAACUCCAUCUGCCCGUCGAAAAACAGUCAGCCGUCAAAGAGGAUGGAGGAGUAGACCAUAUGUUGUUCCAUGCACACCUCCUUUGGCAAAGCUUGCUCAUAACAAUACACCAGCCUCUUUCCCGCUUGAACCGCAACUACAAUGUCAAUUAUGAGGACAACUCUUUGAUUUCUCCCAGCUCAUCCAGCGAUGAGUCUCUCUGGGAGGACCAAUCUGAACGCCUCCAUACACGGAGAUCUCUUGACGCUGUGGCGGCAACCAUGAACCUCUGCACUCUCCCUAUUCCCAUAGUCCAACAGUCCCCGCUCACCAUCAACUGCGUGGCAUUAUCAACAAUGACGAGCAUGAUGGAAUACCAGUCGAUGUUCUCCUUCUCUCACCCUCCUACGCGGGACAAAGUGCGCUUAGGAAUAGCCAUCCUUAACCAAUUCGCGCAGGUCUGGGGCAUGGGUGUUAAUACCAGCGCUAGGAUGAAGAAGAUGGCCCGGGAGAUCUUCACUAUGGUCCAACCGGAUCGGAUCUCUGAGCCCGGCUUGCUUGUCGACGUGGCUGCUUUUUUGGAUCAGAAUUUGCUUGCUGCUGCGGACACAUGGCCAGACUUUCAUUCUGUAGGGUCCUGA